AUGUAUACUCGUCCAAUUUCAAAGAUAGAGAAAAGUCAAGAUGGUUAUGAUAGAUUAUAUUUUCAUAAACAAACAAAUAAUGAAAAAGAGAAAUUAUCACCAAUGCAAACAUCAACUCCAACAAGUUUAAAAAAAGACCAACCACAUGAAAAUAUUAAAGUUUCAAUUUACUAUUCAAAUGAAAGAGAAUCAGAAUCGGUGGAUAUUAGAUUAACAGAAUGCGAAAUCCAAUUAUUUAAAGAGUUAAUGCAUGUAAUUCGAGAUAGUGGUUGUGGCACAACACUACGCGUUGCAGGUGGUUGGGUACGUGAUAAAUUAAGAGGCGAUGAUUCAAAUGAUAUCGAUAUCACCUUAGAUAAUAUGAUGGGUGAAGCAUUUGCAGAAUUAGUAAAUAAGCAUCUCUCAAGUAAACAUCACCAAACUCAUCGUAUUGGUGUAAUUCAAUCAAAUCCUGAACAAUCAAAACAUUUAGAAACUGCGACUGUAAAAGUAUUUGAUAUGUGGAUUGAUUUUGUAAAUUUACGUUCUGAAAGUUAUACUGAUACUUCAAGAAUACCUGUAAUCUCAAUUGGUACACCACUUCAAGAUGCAUUAAGAAGAGAUUUAACAAUUAAUUCAUUAUUUUUUAAUAUUAAUGAGAAUAGAAUUGAAGAUUUUACAGGACAAGGUAUUAAUGAUUUAAGGGAUGGCAUAAUUAGAACACCAUUACCAUCAUUGACAACAUUUUUAGAUGAUCCUCUAAGAGUAUUUAGAUCGAUUAGGUUCGCAAGUAGAUUAAAUUUUAAGAUUGAUGAAGAAUUAUUUAAAGCAGGUAGUGAUCCAGUUGUAAAGGAUGCAAUUAAAUCAAAGAUUUCCCAUGAAAGAAUUGCAAAAGAAUUUGAUGGAAUGUUAUCAGCAGAGGAACCAUAUUUAUCGAUUGAAUUAAUCAAUAAGUUUGGUUUAUUUGAUUGUUUAUUUAGUUUACCAACUGUUGGUUUAGAUGAAACCUAUAUUGAACAAUUAAAGAAUUCCAAUAAAGAUUCGGAAAAAUAUUGUGAAAUUGCAGACUCUUGGAUUGGGAUGGGCAAACAAUAUGAAGAGAUUGAUACAAAGAGACAAUUGAUUCUCUCUGCUUUAAUGAUACCAUUUUAUGGUAUCAAAUUUAAGAAUGCAAAUAAAAAGAAUAAAGAAAUGUCGAUCAUUCAUUACAUGUUCAUAGAGUAUAUUAAAUUUUCAAAUAAAGAUUAUGAUGAUGUAUCAUUAAUAUUGGAAUGUUCAGAACAACUUAUGGAACAUAUAAUUAAAUUUGUAUCAGCUGGUAUAUUCAAUCGUAAAGAAAUUGGUUUAAUCAUUCAUAAAUCUGCUCAACUUUGGAUCGUUGUAAUAAUUAUUUCAUUUAUUAAAAUACAAUAUAGACCCAACAAACUUCAAACACUUUUUAGUAGAUACGACAAACCUGAAAAUGAAAAAUACACUAUUUUCCACAAAUUUGUAGGUGAAAUCAAAGAACAUGAUUUAAUUGGUAUUUGGAAUAUAAAAAGAUUAUUAAAUGGUAAACAAGUCCAAGAUUUAUUAAAUAGAAAACCAGGUACUUGGUUGGCUCCUGUCAUACAAUUAAUUUUAGAAUGGCAAUUAGAAAAUCCAUCUAAAACCGAACAAGAUUGUAAAGAUUGGUUAUUAACAUUAGAUAUUAAAUAA